UCAUUCAUUCUUUGUGCCAUUGUGUGUCUUUGUCUCCCUUUCGAUUCAUUUGCAAAUUUCGUCUACACAGAGCUGCGUGGCAGCUGGCCAUGGCGAACCUUGUGCGGAGGAUGGUGGGAGCGACGACCGGCAGGGGCGCGGUUGUGGCCACAGAGAUUUUAACUCGGGGUCUUCUUUCGUGCAGAGUUCUCUCUACCUCUGCAGAGACUACAGCCACAUCAACCGAGGUUGACUUUUCCAGAGGAACGCCUUCUGCUUCUCCUGAGGAGCUUGGAAUGGAGGCAUUGACACCGGUGAGAAUUGUAGAGAUGCUGGAUCGUUACAUAGUAGGACAGCAGGACGCUAAACGGGCAGUCGCGGUGGCACUCCGAAAUAGAUGGCGACGACAUCGCAUUCCAGACGCGUUAAGAGAUGAGAUAGUACCAAAGAACAUUCUCAUGAUCGGUCCAACAGGUUGCGGGAAGACAGAGAUUGCUAGACGGCUUGCAAAGAUAGCAUAUGCACCGUUUGUGAAGGUCGAAGCGACGAAAUUCACAGAAGUUGGGUUUCAUGGUCGAGACGUCGACCAAAUUAUACGAGAUUUAGUUGACAAUGCCAUUGCCUUGCAACGACAGAAGGUUCGUGCAAAGUUGGUCAAGGAAGUGGAAAAGGCCGUUGAAGCCCGCCUGCUGGACAUUUUCAUGGCUCGGCAACGGCCCCCUGUGGAGGGCGAAUCUGCAGUACCGGGAGCUCGUGCUGACUAUGAAACAUUCAGGAAGCUUUAUAGGGAUGGCGCAUUAGACAAUCGCAAAAUACAGCUUGAUAUACCUGACGGAAGAUCUCGGCUUCCUUUGGAGAUAGGAGGUGUUAGUGGGUUUGGUGUAAAUGAGUUGAUUUUCCGGUUGCCUCAGAUGGAGAAAGUUUUCAAGUCGCAGAGGAUGGAGAGGAUGGAAAUUACUAUUGGAGAGGCAAAACCAAUCUUGCGAGAGAUUGAAAUGGAGAAACAUCUCAAUUCAGAUCAAAUCACGAAGGAUGCUAUACUGCUUGCAGAAUCGGAUGGUAUUGUCUUUAUUGAUGAGAUUGACAAGAUUGUUACCAACCACGAGACUAGACAUGGAGCAGAUGCAAGCUCCGAAGGGGUUCAGCGCGACUUGCUGCCAAUCAUUGAGGGCAGUAUGGUGAAUACAAAGUAUGGCAACGUGAACACAGAUCAUAUUCUUUUCAUUUGUAGUGGUGCAUUUCAUUCAUGUAAACCAAGCGACAUGCUUGCCGAGUUGCAAGGGCGAUUACCCAUUCGGGUGGAGCUAAAAGGCUUGGGAAGAGAGGAUUUGUAUCGGAUAUUGACCGAGCCCGAGACAAACAUGAUUCGGCAGCAGCAACUAUUGAUGAAGACAGAGGACAUUAAUCUGGUAUUUACGGACGACGCUAUUGAAGAACUUGCAACAGUGGCUGCUGAGGUCAAUCGAUCAGUUGAUAAUAUAGGUGCUAGAAGGCUACAUACGGUUAUUGAGCGGGUUGUGGAGGAUAUAAGCUUUCAUGCUCCAGAGAGGGCUGGCGAAACAUAUACAAUUGAUAAAGAGAGUGUGCAGCGGGCAGUUGGAGACCUUUUGAAAAAGUCUGACCUGUCAAGAUUUGUGCUCUAAAUCUCAUAUGAUACAUAACUGUAGGACCCUACGCAUUCCUGUCAUCUGCAAGCAGAGUGCUUGAAAAUUGGACUUCUACGCUUUAAUUUACAUGGAGGCAUUACCCGAACAAGUCCUUGAGUAUCUAAGAUCAUCAAGAACCACUGAUGUCUUUCGUUAUAGUGAUUCCUUGGUCUAUGCAGAUUUAUAGUUGAGUUCACAGCUUGUUUCUUGGCAGUUGAGAAGAAGACGAAAUUGAUGCAAUUCUAGUUUCUAUAUUUUUGCCCC